AUUUUUUUUUUUUUUUUUUUGGGUUUUUCGGGUUGUUUUUUACAAUUCUGCGCUCGAAGUGCCUUUGCCUUGGAUUAGAUCUCUCUCUAUCUCUGUCUCUCUCUCUCUCUCUACUUUACAGUAUUUUCGCUGGAAAUUCCCAUUUCUUUUCUGCUUCUAAAUCUCGGAACCCUCACCCUUUGUUUUCUCUCUGUUUUUUCUUCUCUUUUUCUCUCCGUAGAUCUCCUUCUUCUUCCUCAAGCACUUGAGGAGGUUCUGAAGGGAUUCGUUCGCUGUGAUUCAGAUCUUGCGGCGUGAGGGUUUCCAAGAAAAAUAACAGUCUCUAGUCCUUUCGCUGUUGACUCUCAAUUUUCACGGCUCGAUCGCAUCGGUCUAGAUCCUAGUCUUCGAUCUCAGCAACUAUGGCGGCGGCUAACGCUCCGAUCGCCAUGAAGGAGGCCUUAACGCUUCCAAGCGUUGGGAUUAAUCAACAAUUCAUCACCUUUACUCAUGUCACUAUGGAAUCCGAUAAGUUCAUAUGCGUUCGGGAAACGGCACCACAAAAUAGUGUCGUUAUUAUCGAUAUGAAUCUGCCCAAUCAACCUUUGAGGAGGCCCAUUACUGCAGACUCAGCGCUGAUGAAUCCAAAUUCUAAAAUUCUUGCAUUGAAAGCUCAAGCCCAGGGGACAACUCAGGAUCACCUACAAAUAUUUAACAUUGAGAUGAAAGCCAAAUUGAAAUCACAUCUAAUGUCUGAACAGGUUGUCUUUUGGAAGUGGAUUUCCCCUAAAAUGUUAGGCAUAGUAACUCAGUCAGCCGUAUAUCAUUGGUCAAUUGAAGGUGAAUCUGAACCUGUAAAGAUGUUUGAAAGAACUGCUAAUCUGGCAAACAACCAGAUAAUAAACUAUCGGUGUGAUCCUACUGAAAAGUGGUUGGUUUUGAUUGGAAUUGCCCCUGGUGCACCUGAGAGGCCACAAUUGGUCAAAGGGAAUAUGCAACUCUUCUCUGUGGAUCAGCAGCGUAGUCAAGCUCUGGAAGCUCAUGCUGCAGCAUUUGCCCAAUUUAAAGUUCAAGGGAAUGACCAUCCUUCUACUCUUAUUUCGUUUGCAACUAAGACCCUCAAUGCUGGGCAGAUUACAUCAAAGUUACAUGUUAUUGAGCUUGGAGCCCAGCAAGGGAAACCUUCGUUUACAAAGAAGCAAGCUGAUCUUUUCUUUCCUCCUGAUUUUGCUGAUGAUUUUCCAGUUGCAAUGCAGAUAUCCCACAAGUACAGCUUGAUUUAUGUAAUUACCAAGCUUGGAUUAUUGUUCGUUUAUGAUCUGGAGACGGCUGCUGCAGUUUACAGAAAUAGAAUUAGUCCAGACCCCAUUUUUUUGACUGCUGAGGCUUCAUCAGUAGGAGGCUUUUAUGCGAUUAAUAGGCGGGGUCAGGUGUUGUUGGCUACUGUUAAUGAACAAACGCUUGUGCCUUUUGUCAGUGGCCAGUUAAAUAAUUUGGAGCUUGCCGUGAAUCUGGCAAAAAGGGGAAACCUUCCUGGUGCUGAGAAUCUGGUCGUUCAGCGCUUCCAAGAGCUGUUUGCCCAAACAAAAUAUAAAGAAGCUGCUGAGCUUGCUGCUGAGUCUCCUCAAGGCAUCCUCCGUACACCUGAUACAGUUGCCAAAUUUCAGAGUGUUCCUGUCCAAGCUGGGCAAACACCACCACUAUUGCAGUAUUUUGGGACACUGUUGACAAGAGGAAAGCUCAAUGGUUUUGAGUCAUUGGAAUUGUCACGUCUUGUUGUCAACCAGAACAAGAAGAAUUUGUUGGAAAAUUGGUUAGCAGAAGACAAACUGGAAUGCAGUGAGGAUCUAGGAGAUCUUGUGAAGACUGUGGAUAAUGACAUGGCUUUGAAAAUAUAUAUCAAAGCUAGAGCAACACCAAAAGUUGUUGCAGCUUUUGCUGAGCGAAGAGAGUUUGACAAAAUUCUGAUAUACUCAAAGCAGGUUGGGUACACACCAGACUAUCUGUUCCUUUUGCAAACAAUUCUACGGACUGAUCCUCAGGGUGCUGUUAAUUUUGCAUUAAUGAUGUCACAAAUGGAGGGAGGUUGUCCAGUUGAUUACAACACCAUCACAGACCUCUUUCUCCAGAGGAACUUGAUCCGUGAGGCGACAGCCUUUUUGUUGGAUGUUUUGAAGCCAAAUCUGCCAGAACAUGCUUUCCUGCAAACAAAGGUUCUUGAAAUCAAUUUAGUAACUUUUCCAAAUGUAGCUGAUGCCAUCUUAGCUAAUGGAAUGUUCAGCCAUUAUGAUCGUCCUCGAAUUGCCCAACUUUGUGAAAAAGCUGGCCUCUACGUCCGAGCUCUGCAACAUUACACAGAGUUGCCAGAUAUCAAGCGUGUUAUUGUAAAUACACAUGCAAUUGAGCCACAGUCACUUGUAGAAUUUUUUGGUACUCUGUCAAAGGAAUGGGCACUGGAGUGUAUGAAGGACCUUCUCUUAGUCAAUUUAAGAGGCAACCUUCAGAUAAUUGUGCAGGUUGCCAAGGAAUACUGUGAGCAGUUGGGUGUUGAUGCAUGUGUAAAGCUUUUUGAGCAGUUUAAGUCAUAUGAAGGGCUGUACUUUUUCCUGGGAUCAUAUUUGAGUUCAAGUGAGGAUCCUGAUAUCCACUUCAAGUACAUUGAGGCAGCUGCUAGAACUGGACAAAUCAAGGAGGUUGAACGGGUUACUAGGGAAUCAAAUUUCUAUGACCCUGAGAAAACAAAGAACUUCUUAAUGGAAGCGAAGCUCCCUGAUGCAAGGCCACUGAUUAAUGUUUGUGAUCGUUUCGGAUUUGUUCCAGAUCUCACACACUACUUGUACACAAGCAACAUGCUUCGCUAUAUUGAAGGUUAUGUUCAAAAGGUGAACCCUGGAAAUGCUCCUUUAGUUGUUGGGCAGCUGCUAGAUGAUGAGUGUCCUGAAGAUUUCAUUAAAGGUUUGAUUCUUUCAGUCCGGUCAUUGCUUCCGGUGGAGCCACUUGUGGAUGAAUGUGAGAAAAGGAAUCGGCUUCGUUUACUGACUCAGUUCUUGGAGCAUCUCGUGAGUGAGGGAAGCCAAGAUGUACAUGUUCACAAUGCUUUGGGUAAAAUCAUCAUCGAUAGCAACAACAAUCCAGAGCAUUUCCUUACCACCAACCCAUACUACGAUUCUCGUGUUGUGGGAAAAUAUUGUGAGAAACGUGAUCCUACACUUGCUGUCGUUGCUUACCGUCGAGGACAGUGUGAUGAUGAACUUAUUAAUGUCACAAAUAAGAAUUCUCUCUUCAAAUUGCAAGCAAGGUAUGUGGUUGAAAGGAUGGAUGGUGAUCUGUGGGAGAAGGUUCUUAAUCCUGAUAAUGAGUAUAGGAGACAGCUUAUUGAUCAAGUUGUGUCUACUGCUUUGCCCGAAAGCAAGAGCCCAGAACAAGUUUCUGCAGCUGUUAAGGCUUUCAUGACAGCUGAUUUGCCCCAUGAAUUGAUUGAGCUUCUUGAGAAGAUUGUGCUUCAAAACUCUGCAUUCAGUGGAAACUUUAAUCUGCAAAACUUGCUUAUAUUGACAGCCAUUAAGGCAGAUCCAUCUAGAGUUAUGGACUAUAUUAAUAGGUUAGAUAACUUUGAUGGACCUGCUGUUGGUGAAGUAGCUGUAGAAGCCCAAUUAUAUGAGGAAGCUUUUGCAAUUUUCAAGAAGUUUAACUUGAAUGUCCAAGCUGUCAAUGUUUUAUUGGACAACAUCAGAAGCAUUGAAAGAGCUGUGGAGUUUGCAUUCCGUGUAGAAGAAGAAGCUGUUUGGAGCCAGGUGGCCAAGGCUCAACUUCGAGAAGGACUAGUGAGCGAUGCAAUUGAGUCAUUUAUCCGUGCAGAAGAUGCCACUCAAUUCCUGGAUGUUAUUAGUGCUGCUGAGAAUGCAAAUGUCUACCAUGACUUGGUGAAGUAUCUUCUAAUGGUCAGGCAGAAGGCAAAAGAGCCAAAGGUGGACAGUGAGCUCAUUUAUGCCUAUGCAAAGAUUGAUAGGCUGGCCGACAUUGAAGAAUUUAUUCUUAUGCCAAAUGUGGCUAAUCUCCAAAAUGUUGGCGAUCGCUUGUAUGAUGAAGCCCUAUACGAGGCUGCAAAAAUAAUAUUUGCUUUUAUAUCUAACUGGGCCAAGUUGGCUGUAACUCUUGUGAAGUUGAAACAAUUCCAAGGUGCUGUUGAUGCAGCAAGGAAAGCCAACAGUGCAAAGACAUGGAAGGAAGUUUGCUUUGCUUGUGUUGAUGCCGAGGAGUUCCGCUUAGCUCAGAUAUGUGGCCUCAACAUUAUUGUUCAGGUUGAUGACUUGGAAGAGGUUAGUGAAUAUUACCAGAAUAGAGGAUGCUUCAACGAGCUAAUAUCCCUCAUGGAGAGCGGUCUAGGAUUAGAACGUGCACACAUGGGUAUCUUCACAGAGUUGGGGGUUUUGUAUGCUAGAUAUCGCCCUGAGAAGCUUAUGGAGCACAUCAAAUUGUUCUCAACUCGUCUUAAUAUUCCAAAGCUUAUACGUGCAUGUGACGAACAACAGCACUGGAAGGAACUUACCUACUUGUAUAUCCAGUAUGAUGAGUUUGACAAUGCUGCAACUACUAUCAUGAACCAUUCUCCCGAAGCAUGGGAUCACAUGCAAUUCAAAGAUGUGGCUGUCAAAGUUGCUAAUGUGGAGCUGUAUUACAAGGCUGUCCACUUCUAUCUGCAAGAACAUCCUGAUCUUAUUAAUGAUCUUCUCAAUGUUCUUGCACUUCGUGUAGACCAUGCUCGUGUUGUUGAUAUAAUGCGGAAGGCCGGUCAUCUGCGUCUCGUGAAGCCAUAUAUGGUUGCAGUUCAGAGUAACAAUGUGUCUGCUGUGAAUGAGGCUUUGAACGAGAUAUAUGUGGAAGAGGAGGACUAUGACAGAUUGCGUGAAUCAAUUGAUCUUCAUGAUAACUUUGAUCAAAUAGGCCUUGCACAGAAGAUUGAGAAGCAUGAGCUUCUGGAAAUGAGACGUGUUGCUGCUUACAUUUAUAAAAAGGCUGGCAGAUGGAAGCAGUCUAUUGCAUUAUCGAAGAAGGAUAAUCUUUACAAAGAUGCCAUGGAGACAGCUUCACAAUCUGGUGACCGCGAACUUGCAGAGGAGCUGCUUGUUUAUUUCAUUGAGAAGGGAAAGAAGGAGUGCUUUGCAUCAUGUCUCUUUGUUUGUUAUGAUUUGAUUCGGCCUGAUGUAGCCCUUGAGCUUGCCUGGAUAAACAAUAUGAUCGACUUUGCUUUUCCAUAUCUGCUGCAGUUCAUUCGUGAAUAUACAGGCAAAGUUGAUGAACUUGUUAAGGACAAAAUUGAGGCUCUUAAUGAGGUUAAGGCCAAGGAGAAGGAAGAGAAAGAUGUUAUUGCACAACAGAACAUGUAUGCACAGUUGUUGCCUCUUGCUUUGCCUGCCCCGCCAAUGCCGGGUAUGGGAGGUGGAUCCAUGGGAGGAAGUUUUGCUCCACCGCCCCCUAUGGGUGGAAUGGGGAUGCCACCAAUGCCGCCUUUCGGCAUGCCACCAAUGGGCAGUAGCUACUGAGAUGUUGCAGAAUUCUUCAUAUGGAAAACGCAAAUCAAAUUCUUGUGUUCUAGUCGGCAGCGAAACCUUGGGAGAUACAAACAUCUCAUUUAGCGUAGCGGAAUUUGAAGGGAGGCUUUUGCAUCGAUCUUUUCCUUUUCUAUUUUUUAAUGUUUUUAAUGGGUUGAAAAGAUGUAUCAGAAAUAAUUUUUCUGUCAUAGGGGUGUGGAUAUGUUCUGUAAUAUUCUUUUGGUAGGAGAGGCAUUUUUUUGGCUGCUAGUGAGAGCAAGCUUGGAGUUUUCUCCACUGUACUAUUUUCUCCAUUUUCCUGAAGUUGCGGAGUAUAAAUAGGGAACACUAGAUACUCGUCAUAUUUCCCUUUUUCUUUUUCUUUUAUUUUAAUUGUUCUUAUAAUAUACAAACUACUCGAUUGCUUGCC